AUGCCCGCGGACGCCGCGAACGCGGACGCGCAGACGUUCUUAGCCGCCGCGAGCGCCGGGUCGAACGCGUGCGCGUCGUGCGCGUUCGCGGUCGAGCGCCGGCCGAGGACGCGCGAGCACGGAUUCGACGAUUCGUGGUUGCGCGAUGGACGAACGAUGCGACGACACGCGUACGGCGCGGCGACGGUGACGCGAUUGUAUCGAGGGAUGACGAUGCGACCGACGAGCGCGGCGUACGAGACGGUGGAGCGAGGGUGGAUCGACGUCGGGGUGUCGAGCGCGUUCGACGCGAGGGAGUUGGAGGCGGCGGAGGACGAAGACGCGGGCGCUCGCGAGGAGCGGGAAGAGGUGGGUGAACACGACGCGGGCGGGCGAAGAGGGGAACGGUCGACGACGAAGGAGAAGGUGCAGUUUUUUACGACGUCGGUGAAACCGUCGGGGCUGCAGCACAUGUUGAACAAGUACGGGGGGACGGUGGAGAGCGCGAUGGACGCCAUCACGCACAGGCUCGAGAUCGAUCCCGAUAAUCCAUUUCUCUUGACUGAUCUGGGGCAGGUGCAUCGAAUGUUGGCUGACAAUGAGCGCGCGGCGGAGUGCUUCGCUCGCGCGUUGCGCGUGGUCAAGCAUCCAGAGCUGUAUCAGUAUCUCGGCACGACCCUCAUGGUGACCGGUCGCAUCGAGGAGGCGAUCGACGCGUUCUCACAGGGAGCGGCGCAGUUUCCGAAGGACAUUUCCAAUCGUUUCAGUCUCGCUCUGGUUUCGUUACAACAGGAAGAUGUGCACGGGGCGAUUAGCACGCUCGAGGCGGUGGUGCGCGAGGAUUCGAAUUACGCCGGAGGACUCGCGCAAGAGCACCUGCAUGCCGCUAAGAUGGUGCUGCAGAGACGUUCGUCAAACAUGCUAGACGCCGGGAUAUUCAUCAUGUUCGUCAUUACCAUAGUCGUCAUCGCUGGGCUCAGGUUUUCUCUGUAUAUUUCGAAGAAGAGAUCGAAGAAGCACAAGCGCAAGUAG